CAUAGUGAAGUUAAAAUGGUUUACAAACCGGUGCCUCGUAAGAAAAAGCCCCAAAUUGUGGCGGGAGGGAUUUGGGGGAUGGGAUCGGAGAAUGAGAAGGCGGCGCCGGAAUGGGCGUCGGAGCCCUGCAUAAUGGGAAUCGACGAAGCCGGCCGCGGCCCCGUCUUAGGCCCCAUGGUCUAUGGAUGCUUGUACUGCGCUCAAUCUUAUAACCAAACGCUCUCCACUCUCAGCUUCGCAGAUUCGAAGACGCUGAAAGAGGAGAAGAGAGAGGAGCUCUUCGAAAAUCUCAAGGCCAACGACUCCAUCGGAUGGUCCGUCGACGUCAUCGAUCCUCGAGAACUUUCCGAUAAGAUGUUGAAGAAAAGUAAAAUCAAUUUGAAUGAAAUAUCACACGCUUCAGCCAUGGGACUUAUCGACAGAGUGUUGAGCAGCGGUGUUCUUCUUACUGAGGUUUAUUUGGAUACUGUUGGGGAUACUGAAAAGUAUAGAGUGAAGCUUUCGGAGAGAUUUCCGAGCAUCAAAUUCGUCGUGGCGAAAAAAGCCGACAGUCUCUAUCCUGUUGUUAGUGGUGCUAGUAUUGUUGCAAAGGUGACGAGAGAUAGAGCUCUGCGCGAUUGGAUGCUGGAUGAAACAGCAGAGAAUCUACAAAGGAAUUUUGGGUCGGGAUACCCUGGAGAUCCACAGACGAAGGCUUGGCUUAGUAAUCAUAAGCAUUCGGUGUUUGGAUUCCCUACGUUGGUGCGCUUCAGUUGGGGAACUUGCUCGGCUUAUUUUAAAGAUUUCGUCGAGGUUUUAUGGGAAUCGGAUGCUGCUGCGGAUGAGGAUGGUAAUGGAAGCAACGGCAAGCGGCAAAUGAAGCUAACUAGGUACAGCAUCACUCCAGCUAAGAGAAAAAGUGAAGAUAUUGAAUCUAGCGGUAAAGGUCGGUGCAAAUUCUUUCAAUCUCGGAAACUAGAGCUACUUCCGCAGUUCUAAAUGUCGUUUUCAUCUGAUCAUACCUCUUGAAAUUCGAACUAUGAUUUCAUGUUUUUCA